GAUCCUGAUUUCCAUCCACCACCUGCUCACGACUCUCCUGCCUACCAGUCUCAGACUGUGGCCUGGGGCAGCUGCAGAAAGGGGCCCAGAGAAGCUCGUGGGUUCAAGACCAGCUAGUACCCCCUGACCAGGGAGCAGGUGACCCGCGCACCCAGGGUUAGGGUGCAGAUCUGCUGGCAGGCUGGGGGCCGGCCUAGAAAUGCCCAGUAGAGAAACGGCCCAGCGUCCCACCUUCUCGUGACAACACAGGCAUCUCGGGCUCCACUGAGACCAGCAAUGCCCGGGGCGCGCAGCCUCCAGCGCCAGCCUUCUUCCCCAAGUCUCUUUCCUCCCCGGGCCUCAGUCUGACGCCCACAGCCCUUCGCAGGAAGCCGACUCCCAAACCCCGGCAGGGGGUGUGGGCCGAGGGCGAAACCCCGCCCCUAGGGGUCCCUGAUCUUUGCCCCCGCCCCGGGCUCCGCGCCUCCCCAAGAGGCCAUCGGCGCGCGGGCGGCGCUGCCUUUUGUGCGUUGGCUUUGAGGUGCCAGAGACCACCCCCCAGCCGUGCGCCGCGUCCCGUCGCGGCCCCCGGCCCCUCCUCUCCGCGUCCCCAGCCCCCCUGCUCGGCUCCGCGUGCCAGCUCGGGGCUCGCUGGUUCGCUCCCCGCGGCGCCAGGAGGAGGGGCGAGGGGCCGCAGCCCCCUCCCCCGCGCGCGGCGCCGGAGCCCAGCUGAGCCGGGGGGACCCGCCGCCGCCGGUCAUGUGGGCCGGACUGCUCCUCCGGGCCGCCUGCGUCGCGCUCCUGCUGCCGGGGGCCCUGGCCCGAGGCUACACCGGGAGAAAGCCGCCCGGGCACUUCGCGGCCGAGAGACGCCGGCUGGGCCCCCACGUCUGCCUCUCGGGGUUCGGGACUGGCUGCUGCCCUGGCUGGGCACCCUCCAUGGGCAGUGGGCACUGCACCCUUCCCCUCUGCUCCUUUGGCUGCGGGAGUGGCAUCUGCAUUGCUCCCAACGUCUGCUCCUGCCAGGAUGGAGAGCAAGGGGCCACCUGUCCAGAAGCCCUCGGACCCUGCGGGGAGUACGGCUGUGAUCUUACCUGUAACCACGGCGGCUGUCAGGAGGUGGCCCGAGUGUGCCCGGUGGGCUUCUCGAUGACAGAGACAGCUGUCGGCAUCAGGUGUACCGACAUCGACGAAUGUUUAAGCUCCUCUUGCGAGGGCCACUGUGUGAACACAGAAGGCGGGUUUGUGUGCGAGUGUGGGCCGGGCAUGCAGCUGUCUGCCGACCGCCACAGCUGCCAAGACACUGACGAAUGCCUCGGGACUCCCUGUCAGCAGAGAUGUAAAAACAGCAUCGGCAGCUACAGGUGUUCCUGUAGAACGGGCUUCCAUCUCCACGGCAACCGGCACUCCUGUGUAGAUGUAAACGAGUGUCGGAGGCCGCUGGAGAGGCGAGUCUGUCACCAUUCCUGCCAUAACACCGUGGGCAGCUUCCUGUGCACAUGCCGACCCGGCUUCAGGCUCCGAGCUGACCGCGUGUCCUGUGAAGCUUUCCCGAAAGCAGUGCUGGCCCCGUCUGCCAUCCUGCAGCCCCUGCAGUACCCGCCCGAGAUGCUCCUGCUGCUUCCAGAGGCCGGCCGGCCUGCCCUCUCCCCAGGACACAGCCCUCCUUCCGGGGCUCCAGGGCCCCCAGGCGGAGUCAGGACCAUCCGCCCGCCCUCUCCCACCCCUGCAUCACCCACAUCCUCUCCUUCCGCCCCGACGGGGCUGCUGUCCACCCCAGUGCCUAGUGCCUCCCGGAUGGGGACCCUCAGACUUCCCUCACAACUCCAGGAGAAGGCAGUGGUGACCCCUUCCUUGCCCAGGGGCCCCGUGGCCACGCGGCUGGCACCAGGGCCCUCUGCCUGCUGGCACCUGGGAGCCAUGUAUGAGUCAGGGAGCCGCUGGACAGAGCCUGGGUGUUCCCAGUGCUGGUGCGAGGACGGGGAGGUGACUUGUGAAAGGGUGACCUGUGAAGCUGCUUGUUCCCACCCGAUUCCCUCUGGAGAUGGAGGGUGCUGCCCAUCAUGUACAGGCUGUUUUCACAGUGGUGUCAUCCGAGCCGAAGGGGACGUGUUUUCACCUCCCAACGAGAACUGCACCGUCUGUGUCUGCCUGGCUGGAAAUGUGUCCUGCAUCUCCCCCGAGUGUCCUCCUGGCCCCUGUCAGUCCUCCCCGAGGUCAGAUUGCUGUACUUGUGUUCCAGUGAGAUGCUAUUUCCAUGGCCGGUGGUAUGCGGACGGGGCUGUGUUCAGUGGGGGUGGUGACGAGUGUACCACCUGCGUCUGCCAGAAUGGGGAGGUAGAAUGUUCCUUCACGCCGUGUCCAGAACUGGAUUGCCCCCGCGAGGAGUGGUGGCUGGGCCCUGGACAGUGCUGCUUCAGCUGCAGGGAGCCCACGCCCAUGACAGGCUGCUCUCUUGACGACAACGGGGUCGAGUUUCCCAUUGGACAGAUCUGGUCUCCUGGUGAUCCCUGUGAGUUAUGCAUCUGCCAGGCAGAUGGCUCAGUGAGCUGCAAGAGGACAGACUGUGUGGACUCCUGCCCUCACCCGAUUCGGAUCCCUGGACAGUGCUGCCCAGACUGUUCGGCAGGCUGCACCUACACAGGCAGAAUCUUCUACAACAACCAGACCUUCCCAUCUGUGCUGGACCCGUGUCUGAGCUGCAUCUGCCUGCUGGGCUCAGUGGCCUGCUCGCCCGUCGACUGCCCCGUCACCUGUACCUACCCUUUCCACCCUGAUGGCGAGUGCUGCCCGGUGUGCCGAGACUGCAACUACGAGGGAAGGAAGGUGGUGAACGGCCAGGUGUUCACCUUGGAUGAUGAGCCCUGUACUGUGUGCACGUGCCAGAUGGGAGAGGUGACCUGUGAGAGGAUCCCCUGCCAGCCGGCCUGCUCUGACCCCUCCGUGCCCCCCGGGGACUGCUGCUCCACCUGCUCAGACAGUGAGAGUUCCUUGGAAGAAAGGAGGGGGCUCUCCCCUCGUGGAGACGUGGAAUUCAGCAAAGCAUCUCGGAGCCCCCGUGGAGACACUGGGGCCCCCGUCAACUGUAGCUCCUGCCCGGGGCCCCCAGCAGUGUUGCCUCGGAGGCCAGCACUCCAUCUCCUCCAGCUCCUCUUAGGAACGAACCUGUCUGCCACACAGACUUUACCCAUGAGGCCCUCGGGAGCCCAGGCCUCACCCUCACUCCCUUCGGGGCUGGGGGGCAUGUUCCCAGGGGAGCCUGGGGCCUCCCAGCCCUCUCGGCCCUCCUCAGGGCCUUUGAUCCCUCCAGGAGCCUCUGCUCUACCUCCAGCCUCUCCCAGGGCUCCUGGGCCACCUCCUGUUACACCAGAGCCCUCGGCCGCAGCUUCCGGGGCCCACACAGCAUCAAGACGGCCUUCUCUGCCUGCUGCUGUCCGGACUGAAGCUUCAGCCCUGUCCGUCAUGGGCCCCAGCCCCUCAGAGACCGCUGCCACCCUCCUCAGGCCUCGCAGACUCUCUCCCACCACCUCCAGACUCUCUGCAGCCCUGGUGGACACCACGAGCCCCGGUCCCCGGCAGCCCACAAUGGGGACUUCAAGCAAGGAGGAGUCCACUGGGUAGCAGGCCU